AUGCUCAUAGUAGGAAUGACAGGAAGUGGUAAAACUCAGUUCUUACUUAAUAUGUUAGAAACAGAGUACAAUAAAGUUUUCGAUUACAUUAUCAUUAUAUGUCCAACAAUAGAAUGGAAUAUGACUUAUAUUAACUGGGCUCAUAUUAGUGACCACGGAGUCAUACAGAUUCCAUGUUCACAAGAAAUGAUCAAUCUUAUUCUCAAGGCAGUGUCCACCAUAUUCCGCGGAACCCAGACGCUCAUCAUUGUGGACGAUUGUGCUGCAAGUCAAGAUGUAAAGAAAAGAGUCUCAGAACUGGUGCGCCUUGCAUUUUCCGCAAGACAUUACAACCUAUCUGUCAUUGUACUUACCCAACAAUUGUCAUCAGUAGCAAAACCAUUUAGGGAGAACAUUUCCAGGUUAGUUACAUUCUACAACCCUAGUCGCAGGGAUAUGAAGGUGAUAACAGAUGAUUACCUAAGUGGUGUUCCUCAGGAGACAAUUACAGAGAUUACAAAAAUAUUAAAAGAUGAGAAGUUCACCGCACUAGAUGUACUACUUAUUCACCCUUACACAUACACCAUUAAACUAAACACCGCGUGGGAAGCGAAUCUGAAGAAGAAAUAUUUGAGGCUGUAAGAGAAGUAGAGAAGGCCGCAAAGGCACCACAAAAGAAAGCAAAAUCCACCGCAAGAAAAACUAAGCCCACCGCAGAUAAGUCGCAAACUGAAAGUAAAAGAGACAAGCUUAUAGAGCUAUCUAAGGAUGGUGUAAUUGAUGAGACCGCAAGUUUUAUAAGAAAGUCCAACAAGGAUGUUGUGGAUAGACUAUACCAUGAGUAUGAAAGUCAGAGGAUGUCAUGUGCAAGUGACUUCUUAUCAACACUUAUAAUUUCAAAGUUUGCUUCUAUACUGGGAAGUUUCGGUGCAGUGGCAUCUUCAGAGAAGCUGUCAGAGGAACUACUUUGCGACAAACUUCUAAAGGAUGACGUAUGUUACCUAACAAGAAUGAUAUCCCCAAACAUUCCAUUCAUAGGUUUAAUAUCAGGUGGUUGUACAACAGCUAAGCAUGUAGUUGCCCAUAAGUGGAACAAGAAGGAGGAACCGGGGGAAAUAUCUGAGGAAGCUAAACAUAUCUUAUUAAAUACAGAAGAGGAAUGUCUCAACUUGGAGAGCCGUACGAUUGGGGAAACGCCUGGGAAGGAACCGAAUUUGAAGACAUAA